GGGGAGGCCGGGGCUGCUACAAAGGUGCUUGCACCGCGCUGGUUGCGCCUGGGUGGGUUUGCAAAAGGGCCUUUCCUCUCUUGCUCUCCCAGGUGCUUUGCGCCAAAGGGCGUUAUUUCGAAUUCCUCCAGCUCCUCCACCCUCCCCCCCCCCCAAAAAAAAGGCGCAGCAAAGGCUAUAGGCGAAAGCAGCAGCCACUGCGUUGGCUCCCCCAUUCGGCCGGGGAGGGGACGGUAUUCAGGAAGAGCUUGCAGGGGCCGCUGGCUUACACAGACGGCGCGAGCGCCCCCGGUUGCACGUCUGGCGCUUCGAAGCCCUGGCUGCGCGCGCGGAGCGUCUCUCGCGCUAAGUGUCCAGCUCCGCCUCUCGUCCGAGGCCCCGCAGCCGCCACCUUCCCCCGCUCCGGCCCGCCUCUCCGAUUGGCCGAGGCGCGCAUCAGUCAGCGCCCGGGACCCAGCUCGCGCUCUCCAUUCAUGCAGUUUGGUUGAGUCUAUUAAGGUCCAACUAUGCCCAAAAGAAAGGCUGCAGCUGAAGGUGAGGUAAAGGAGGAGCCAAAGAGACGAUCGGCUAGGUUAUCCGCUAAACCUGCUCCGCCUAAACCAGAGCCAAAGCCGAAAAAGGCAGCACCCAAGAAAGAAAAAGGAGCAAAUGAUAAGAAGGAGGACAAAAAGGUAGCAAAAGGGAAGAAGGGAGCCAAAGGAAAAGAUGAAACUAAGCAAGAAGAUGCUAAAGAAGAAAACCACUCUGAGAACGGAGAUACCAAAACUAACGAGGCACCAGCUGCUGAAGUAUCCGACGAUAAGGAAGCCAAGUCCGAGUAGCCACCUUUGCCCUGUUCAUUUCCAUCAUUCGGUAUCCAUACCUCCAUACUGUAUUGUUAAGAGAGGAAUAUUUUUAUCAACUAUUUUAUAAAUGCAGGUUUUUUUAGCAUGAAUUUAAUCAUGGAACAUCUUCAUCUCUGUUACUUGGGACUUAAAACGGAAAAAAAAAGCAAAACAAAAAAAAAUCUUUUUGUUUUUAAAAAUUUUGUGAUUGUCAUAGUUUGUAUGGUACCUGGAAAGAAUCAGUGGUGGUAGCUAUUGACUCCUGUCGGUAUAUAAUCCCUUUGUGUGUAAGUCAGGCAGACUUCAGAUUUUAAUUUCACCCUUGUUACGUGUUGUACGGUUUCUUAACGUGGGGAGGUCUCCAAAAAAAAAAAAAGUACACAAAAUGAUUGCGUCAGACAUUCCGGUGGUUCCGUGGGUUGCUUUUAUAAAGAAGGUGAGCUAUUUUCAUGAAAAAAAAAAUCCUAAGAAGCUGGAAAUCUUGUUGUAUCCCAAAUGUAGUUUUAUUUUGUCACAUUUUGGAGAAGAAGAAUAACGGGGGAAAAAAGUGUAAUCGUGUUUUUAAAUGAAAUACAAAAAAAAAAAUUCUUUUAGAAAAAAAAAAAGGCAGGCUGGCUGAAUAUACCCACUGUUAGGAAUUUUGCUGGAUUUAUCUUAAUAAAAAAAGACUCCUCGAAAGAA